AUGACAAUAUCGUUCUUCGGAGCGCUUACGCAGGGCGCCAAAUUCAGUCGUACGACGUUCCAAAUCGACAAAAAGCAAUUGAAACGAAAUACUGAAGGAACCACAAAAGAGACUGGAAAGAGUGUAGAGAAUGAUAAUGAGCUGGACUUUUUUGGAUUUAAUGAGGUUCAGAAACCUAAGGAGAAACCAUCUAAACCUCGUAAGAUUAGUGUCGACAUGGUGCCAGAAUGGGCAGGUAACGACUUGGCUACUAAGACUUGCAAGGCAAAGGGCAGUAAACUUCGUCGCAAGCGUAAAUUGAGUGAAGGUGCCCUUGAAGAACAGCGUCUGGAAGAUGAAAAUCGACUGCAAGCAUCGCGGCUUCUUGCACCACCCAAGACAAAGGCAAGACAACGCAAAGACAAACGUGCUCGUCGUCGGUCGCGUACGGAGUCGAUGGAAAGCGAGGCUAAAAUGCCGCCGUUGGGUAAGGACAUUGCUGCAUCAACCGAGGAGGACGAGGAAGACGAGUCUGUGAGUUUGUUUCUGUCGAAUGGUGAAAAUGUGGGUGAGGAAGUAACAGUUGAAAAGGAAGAUAAGAAGCCUAGGAAAGAAUCUGUGAAGCAAGCAAACAGAAAGAAUAUGGCUGCUUCUGAACAAGAAGGCAUGCAGAUGCUUCGACGCCAGCUUGGCAUUCGUGUAAGCGGUGUGAGCGUGCCAGCACCGAUUACUUCGUUUGCUGACAUGCGCUUGGACUUUAGUACGAGUGCGCAGCAGAUGAAACGUUUUCUUUUGCAGAACAUUGAGCGUUCAGAGUACAAGGAACCUACGCCGGUGCAGAUGCAAGUUAUUCCAAGCUUUCUGCUUCGACGCGAUGUGCUGGCUACAGCACCUACCGGAUCAGGUAAGACCGCAGCUUUUGCAAUUCCGAUGCUAGCAAACCUGGCAGCCGGUAGCGGUACAAGCAGCGGUAUUCGCUCGAUUGUUUUGGCUCCUACUCGUGAUUUGGCAGUACAGAUUCGUGCGGAGUUCACGCGCCUCGCUGUCGGUAAAAAGAUCCACAUCACGCUAUUGUCCAAAGCCACUGCUGCUACCAUCGCUUCCCAGACCAAAAGUAAAUUGGCUGUGAACCACGACGUGUUGAUUGCAACGCCGCUUCGUCUUGUGCAUUUGAUACGAGAAGCAAAGGUCGAUCUUUCAAGCGUUGAAAUCGUGUGUCUUGAUGAAGCGGACAGGCUACUGGAGCUUGGAUUUGUGGAGCAAAUUGAUGAGAUUUUUGCUGUGUGCACUCAUGCCAAGGUUCAGCGUACUAUGUUUAGUGCUACCAUGCUGGAGGGAGUCGAGGAGCUUGCUCAAACCGUGCUGCGCGACCCUGUCAAAGUAGCUGUGGGAACAAAAAAUGCCGGUGCUAGUACGAUUGAUCAAAAACUGGUAUUUGUGGGCAAGGAAGGAGGAAAACUUGUUGCCAUGAAGCAACUGUUGCACAACGGGCUUCAGCUUCCCGCGUUGCUGUUUGUGCAGAACAAGGAACGUGCUAACGAGUUAUAUCACGAGUUGCUGUAUGAUGGAGUAAACAUUGGUGCUGUUCACGCGGAUCGCACCAAGGAGCAGCGAGACGAUGUGAUUCGGCGUUUUCGCACUGGAGAUGUUUGGGUGCUCAUUUGUACAGACCUCAUGAGCCGUGGUAUGGACUUCAAGGCUGUGAAUAUGGUCAUUAAUUAUGACUUCCCGCAGAGUGCUGUUAGCUAUAUUCACCGCAUUGGUCGGACGGGCCGAAAUGGACGUAAGGGCAAUGCUAUCACGUUCUUCACCGAGGAUGAUAUGGUAUACCUACGCACAAUCGCUAAUGUGAUGAAGAUAUCAGGCUGUGAAGUUCCUGAGUGGAUGCUGUCGCUGAAAAAGGCUAGUGUAUCGAAGAGGAAGGAGCUUUUGAAGGCACCUCCUACGCGACACCGCAUUAACACGGUAUCCGGAUACGACCUGCAGAAAGCAAAUCGUCUACAGCAGAUGAAGAAACGUAGCAAAGGCGACCAAACCAACAAUCAUUCUGAGCCACAGAGCGACGAGAAGACGCAAGAGAAUGCUGAAGAUGGCAAGAAGAAGCGAAAGAAAUACAAGAAGAACUUGAUGAGCGUGUAG